GGUAUAUCCUUAUAUAUUCCUUCGGCCAUCACACGUUCAUGUUUGAACUGCGUUCCAAUGAAUGUUCAGGUGAAAUUUUCAAAACGUGACAAAAUUAUAGCUGUUAUAUCAUUAGCGGCUACCUCAAUAUGCUAACUUCGUUGACGGCGAGGACGAAUACCUACAUAAGAUCGUCAACGGACGCCUUGAUCCAGUCGGCGUUUCAAGUCCGUGUAAAGCAAAUCAAAGUGAAUUUUUAACCGGUCUCCCAUAUGCACAUGUAGCCGCGGUGAAGAAGUGAAUACUUACCAUCGUCACCAACCAAUUUCCAGUUGGAUAGGUUUAUCUUCAGGUAUUUGUAUUGUUUUUUGUGAUGGCGGAGGCAGUGACUUCACUAGAUUCAGUGUUGGUUCAGAUUGGCGACUUGGGGAAAUACCAAAUACUGGUUUUUACGCUGGUUUCUUUCGCUGUUGUCCUGCAUUCAGCCGUGCAUACAGCAUUUGUUUUCACCGCAUUGGAUGUCGGUCACAGAUGUGCCAUUCCCGAGUGCGAUCAACCACAACCAGAAUUCCAACCGACUUGGUUGUCAAAUGCAGUUCCUUUCAGAGGUACCACUCCAACAAAAUGUGAACACUACAUAUUCAAUUCAAGCAGCAGUAACAAUGACACAUGCAGUGCCAAUAACUUUGACAGAAACCGGAUUGUCUCUUGCUCUUCAUUUGUCUAUAAGACCGAGGAAAAAAGCAUUCUUCAAGAGUACAACUUGCAGUGUGAUGACAAUUUGUGGAAAUUGACUAUGGUUGGAACAUUGAACAGUUUUGGACAAUUGUGCGGCCUUUUCAUAGGAGGUAUAAUAUCAGACAGAUAUGGACGAAAAGUGGUCCUUAUUUGGGGAAUGGUUCUCACCGGAGUAUGCGGUAUUAUUCGGGCAUUCAUGCCAACUUACGAGUGGUUCAUGUUUUUCGAAUUUCUGGAUGCUGCAUUUGGUGCAGGGACCUACAUUUGCGGCUUCGUAUUAG